GGACUUCCCUCUGCCACCCUACAAAUUCUUCUCAAUGGUACCCAAGUUCUGAUGGGAACAAGCUCUGACACUUAGAAGUGGACAAGCAAGUCCAAGUAAGUCCAAGUGGACAAGAACAGUCCAGCUGCAUUUCCCUGAAGCUGCCCUUGAACACAGGGCAAGAAGUGGCUUCUGGGUUCAUCGAGGCUUGCCCUGGAGUCCAGUUCCUGGACUCAGCAGGAGACACAGGAGUGUAAAUCAUGUUUUUCCAAGCAAACUCCCCUGUGGACCAUUUACAGACUAUCCUCACCUGUCCCCAGAGCCUCUUGAGCAGGAGAUGGCCACCCGCCAGCUCCUUGCAUCCUGACCCACUCUUCCUGAGAAAUCAGCAAGGGAGAGUUUCACAGACAAGAGGAAAUCCCUAAACAGCAUGCAGCCCAGAGAGUGGAAAGUUUUUUCUUGGGUUCGUUGUGUUUUGUUUUUUUUUUUUACCCAACUUCCCAAUGAAUGUAUUUGGCAGCUCGCUGUCCCUGUCAGCACAGGAUCCCAGCGGAAGCCAGAGCUGGGAGGGCUCUUCCUGCCCGGGGGGGAGGCCUUCCCAGGAGUGCAAGGGAUUUACUAAUCGCCACCUUUCACUCCCUCAUCCCUCUCUGUGUCCCACUGAAGGCCAUGUGCAGAGGCAAGCUGCAGACAGGUUUGCUGGUGGCUGGCUACUUUGUGUACCUGCUGGUGGGUGCCGCGGUGUUCCAGGCACUGGAGAGGACCGCGGAGAAGCAGGAGAAAAUGGCAGCUGCCCAGAUGAAGGAGGCUUUUCUGCAGAGCUUCAGGCAGCUCACGGUGGUGGAGAUGGAGCAGUUCAUGAAGAACCUGACUGAAGCCAUUCAAAAUGGAGUAUACCCUGUUGGAAAUGAAUCACGGUUUGAAGAGAGCAACUGGGAUUUCAGUAACUCCUUCUUCUUUGCAGGCACAGUUGUCUCCACAAUAGGCUAUGGCACGUUACAUCCUAGAACUGUUGGGGGACAGAUCUUCUGUGUGUUUUUUGCUCUGUUUGGAAUCCCUCUCAACAUUGUUUUUCUGCACCGUGUUGGUAAGAUGCUCUCACUGCUGUGUAAAAAGCUGGGGAAAUUCCUGUACGAGAAAGGAAUGAGAAAGAAGAAGAUCAAAUUUCUGACCCUUUUGUUCUUCCUGGCAACGGGGAUCCUAGUUUUUCUGUGCUUGCCAUCAGUCUUCUUCCAGAUAACAGAGGGCUGGUCCUACAGCGAAGGAAUUUACUUUGCAUUUAUCACCCUCAGCACCAUUGGCUUUGGAGAUUAUGUAGUAGGCAAACAGUCUGGCAGGAAUUACUUUUCCUACUAUCGAGUGCUGGUGGCCAUUUGGAUUCUUUUUGGCCUUGCCUGGAUUGCUCUGCUGUUUAAUUUAUUGACAACGGUACUAGAAGAUACUGAAAAAAUAAUUGUCAAGGAUCUCCAGCAAAUUGGAAAGGUGAGUAAGGACAAUGGAGCAAGCCAACAAAGAAGAUGCUGGCCUGUUCAGUUCAUUCCAGAAGAAGAACUACCACCACCACGUGCUGGAGGGGAUGCACAGAAAAUGGAGUCAUUAACAGCAGAUUCUGAACACACAAAAAAUGAAAAAAAAUAGUUCUCUAAUAGAAAAACUAUUGCCAUAACAUAUAAGAGUUGAAUUCUUCAUCAGAGAGUUGAUAGUUAUUCUAAAGAAAAUCCCGUGGAAAUAAAAUUUUUCCUACCUUUUGCUGAGAUAUGACCUUUUAGAACUCAAGACUCAAAGUUGCACAAAGCCUGAAUAUUAAUGGUAAGAAAUUUGCUCCUCAAUUUGCAGCUGGGUUGUGGUAACAACCUGAGAAGUGCACUUGCUUUGCAAUGUGUUUUUAAGGUGCUUUCACAAAAAUGCAGAGGAGGGGCACGGUGGAGCUUGUUGGCUCUGUUUGGAUUUUGCUGCUUGCAAAAAAUCAUAUUUCUUCCAGGAACUGACAUGCACAAGCUUUUCUGAGGCAUUGCAUAGCACUUUUGGAAGAAGAAAUAAGGAUAUAUAUGAGAAAUAAAUAACUGAAUAGAUGCCUGAUUUGAGCCAUCAUAUUGGAUAAAGUGUUGUGGUCUGAAAGAUGUGUUUAAAUGGCAAGACCUGGGCUCAGUUCAGAGACAUCAGAAACAUCUAAUGGACAGGGUUAUGAAACGGUUAGCAUGUUAGAAAUGAUUCAUUCUACCUCUUCCUGUUUUAUACUAAGUUGAAUAAAGGCAAUUUUACCUUUUAUC